CCGGCUCGGUUAGCGCGGCCACGCGGACCCGAUGGUAGGACAGGUCACAGCUGAGCCGAUGAGAUCAUGGAGGCUGCGCUGAGGUCGGACGGGAUACGGCCAACGGGACUGUUCGGUGAUGGAGAGCUGCCUGUUUGAAUCCAUGAUGACCUGCAGUGUAGCUGAAAAUACAAGACAUCCUGCUUAUGUCUCUUGGAGCCCCAUUGCCAACAGUCUCAAUUUUCUUCGAAAAAGACUAAAUAAGUCUCAAUGCCUACACAGUCAGAUAUGGACAAGUAAAAAGUAUGUGGCCAACAAGUGCCCUUUGUUGCUUAUUCUUAUUCCAUAAAUGGAUAACCCAGUUUUCCCAUUUCUAACAAUUUCCCUCCCGAUGUUAUAUUUUGCCAUACAACUAUGCCUUUAAACAUAAGAGCCAAGCCCUCACACAGCAAGCUGGCUGCUGCUGCAAAGAGUGGUGGGCAAAACGAUGGCAGCACGCCUCAUUCACGCUUCUCAAAGUCUGCAAAACAAGGAAAAGGCAAACAGGCUGUCAUCUCAGGUCCUGGGUCCCGCUCAGGACUUGAGCCUGGAUCUGUGUCAGGGGGUGGGCCUCCACCAGUAGCUAAACUGGCCGGGGCACAAGGUUCAGUUUCAAAGCCGGGUUCAAGAACCAAAGUCAGCACAUCAACAGGCAACAAAGGCUCAGCUCGUGGUUCAGCAACAGCUCCAGGUGGUAAAACCCUGUCCAUGGAGAACAUCCAGUCUAUAAGUGCGGCCUAUGCCACUUCUGGCACCAUGUAUCCCAGUGAGCGGGAAUCCUUGGAACCCUCUGGUGGAUACCCUAAAGGUACCAUGACAUUAGGCCGAAGUACCCGCCGCUCAUCUUAUGGCAACCGCACAACAGCUAUUGGAAGCACCCCAAACAUCACUCAAACAGCCUCCAGUAUGCAUCACAUAUCAGACUCUUGUGGAGACCAAACUGUGCUUUCCACAGGUACUUCCAGUUUGCGACGGCAGUCUGGAAGGUUCACUCAGACACUGGAUUCUGCUGAUCGGGGAGAGGUUUCCACCUAUGAUCUCCAGGCUCAGCUGAGGGAUCUUCAGAGGGAGAAUGAAAAUCUCCGGAGAGAACUGGACGGAGGGAGGGAUGGAAAGACAAGCUAUGGCAUGAGUAGUGUUAAUUUCUGGAGCCCAGACGUAAAGAGAGACAAGGGGAGUAGGCGUGAAGAGGGAGUAAGGACGCCAGCUCUAAAGGAGCAAUGCAGGUUAAACCAAGACGAUUUACAGUUCGGGGAUAUCAGAAGAAGCAAGCAGCUUCCGUUAACAGUUCAGGAGCUACAGGAGGAGCUGAGAGCUCACAGAGAGACAAACAGCCGUCUGCGGCAACAGCGGGAACAGGGCAGCUCCUACCGGGAACACCGUAUGGACCAGGAGUUCAGAGGGGGGGUCAGCCCUGGGCACAGUCCCAGACAAAGUCCCAUAAACCUGCACAGUCCUGCACCGAAAAACAGCCCCAGAGCCAGCCCCUCUAACACCUUUAAUCCAAGGCAACAAGAGGCUGACAUCAUCAUUCAUAGUCCUGGCUAUGGGUCUAACACAUUGGCAGCCACACAGAGACUUAGCCCAGCCAACACCCUUCAUCCUGGGCAGAGAAAUAGCCCCAACCAGCUCCUCUACAGUCCGAACCAUGGUACGAGAGCAGUGCCCAGUUCUAGCCCCGGUGGUCCCUGUAGCCCCUGUCAGGUGCCUGGGUGUGACGGCUUUUCGUCACCUCCUCCUCAGGAUCCAACGGAGGAAAACUUCUUCCGACUGCAGUCAGAACAUGAGCGCCAAGCCAACGAGCUGUCCCUGCUGAGGAAGACUAUGGAAGAGAUGGAGAUGAGAAUUGACUCCCAGAAGCAGACGCUGGGUGUACGAGACGAGAGUAUUCAGAGGCUUCUGGAGAUGCUUCAAGGUCAGGGGCACUGGGAACGAGGACAGCAGACAGGCGUAGUUACCAUGGCUGCAAAGGAGGCUGACGCCCACUUGGAGAACAUGCAUUUGAGAGAGAACACGAACCCCUCAUUCUGUUUUGAUCCUGAUGUUAUCUGGCAGGACACCAAGAUCUCUUCCCUGGAAAGAAACAUCAGAGACUUAGAGGAUGAAGUCCAGAUGCUAAAAACGACCGGCCUGUUGCACCCUGAUGACAGGCAGGAUGAGCUCAAGCAGGUGGAUGUCUACAAGAGCCACACUAAAUUUAUGAAAACUAAGACAGAGCAGAUGAAGCAGGACCUGAACAGGAAGGACUCAGAGAUGCAGGCUCUGCAAACCAAACUAGAGACCCUGACCAAUCAGAACUCGGACUACAAGCAACACAUCGAAGUGCUAAAAGAGUCGCUCAGUGCCAAAGAGCAGCGCGCCAACACUUUGCAGACAGAGGUGGAUGCUCUGCGAGUGCGCCUGGAGGAAAAGGAACAAAUCCUGACUAAGAAAACCAAACAACUACAGGACCUAAAUGAUGAAAAGAGCACACUGACUGGAGAAAUCAGAGACAUGAAGGACAUGCUGGAUGUCAAGGAGAGAAAAGUGAAUAUCCUACAGAAGAAGAUUGAGAACCUGCUGGAGCAGUUAAAGGAUAAGGACAAACAGGUGGUUGGAUUGAGGGAGAGGGUUCAGGGCCUUCAAACGGACUCCAGUAACACAGACACAGCUCUGGCCACGCUGGAAGAGGCUUUAUCAGAAAAGGAGCGAGUGAUUGAGAACCUACGGGACCAGAAGGAACGAGAAGACAGGGUGAGACUUGAGGAGAUGCAGCUGAUGAGGAAGGAGAACCAGGAACUGAAGGACAAACUGGCUGCCCAGCAAUCUCAAAAACUGUCACACAGCCAGGUCACAAACUCCAGCUUUAUCCCGAACCAGAGGCCCGAUGGGGAGGUUCAACCCAAAGUAGAUGGGCUUCCAGCAGUCAGCCCCACGACCCAAAAACCAGAUGAAACUGUCAGAACCUGUCCAGACAUCGCAGAUCGUCUGAGGCUUCUCGAGCAGGAAGUGGCCCGCUACAGAGAGGAGUCUGGGAAGUCCCAGGCUGAGGUGGAGAGGCUAAAGGGAGCACUAAAGGAUGCUGAAGUGGACAAAUCAUGCAAGGAGAAGAAAAUUACUGAUCUUGAGAGACCUGGGCAAAUCAAGUCUCCAAAUAUCCAGAAGCAGAUGGUGCCUGGUGAGAUGAGGAAAGAUGCUUUUGCAGAUGGACACCCACACUCUUUAUCACAGCUUUGCACUUCCCAGGAUGCCAUGCGUGAGACGGCGGAGCGGAUAAUGGAGCUGGAGAAGGCUCUGAGGGAGACCAUGAACACCUCGGCACAUAGGGAGGCUCUCUGGGCGCAGGAGGAGGCUGCCCGUGUUCAAGCUCAGAGACAGUUGGAGGAGCUGAUGGGGGCCUUAGAAAAGACUCGCCAGGAGCUGGAUGCCACUAAAGUACGUCUGUCCUCCACUCAGAAGUGCCUACAUGAACGCGAUGGACACCUCAACCAACUACGGCAGGAGAGACGCAAACAGCUGGAGGAGAUAUUAGAGAUGAAGCAGCAGGCUUUGUUGGCAGCCAUCAGCGAGAAGGAUGCUAAUAUUGCCCUGCUGGAGUUAUCUUCCUCCAAACGCAAGAAAGCACAAGAGGAGGUGAUGGCUCUGAAGAGGGAGAAGGACAGGCUCAUGCACCAGCUCAAACAGCAGACUCAGAGCAGAAUGAAGUUAAUAGCAGACAAUUAUGAGGAAGACUACAUCCACCCGCAACAUCACCCUCAUCAUUUGCACCACAUGCAUCCAGCAAAUUUACAUCACCGGAGUCUGCCGAGAGGGGAUCCCCAUGCCAACCACCGACUUCCAAUGGAUCAGGAUGAUGAAGAAGGAAUAUGGGCUUGAUGAGUACUAUCCAUAGGAACCUGCAUCUCUCCAUCUCUGUGUCUCUACAAUUGGAAUCAAGAGAAACAUAAGCUUCAGCACCAGGACCAGCCCCCAUUAUAAAAAUACAAAAGUUCAUGAGAUUUGGCUGUUCAAUACUUUAUAUAUAUAUAU